AUGUCGUCUCCAUUUCCAAAGACCGCUGAUAAGUUAAAAGGAGUUGAAAUUUUGGCAUCAAUUCCAGACAGAGCCAAGCACAUUUUAAAUGCUGAAGCUCUUGCAUUAGUUGCUACAUUACACCGUGCAUUCCAACCAACCAGAAAGCAAUUAUUGGCUAACAGAAAGGAACAACAGGCCAAGAGAGACAGGGGAGAGUUACCAGACUUUUUGCCAGAAACUGAGCAGAUUAGAAAUGAUCCUACCUGGACCGGUCCACCAUUAGCCAGAGGCUUAGAGGACAGAAGAGUCGAGAUCACAGGACCAGUGGACAGAAAGAUGGUUAUCAACGCGUUGAACUCUGGUGUUGCCACAUACAUGGCUGAUUUUGAAGACUCUUUGACUCCAGCAUGGGACAAUUUGAUCGAUGGACAAGUUAAUCUUUAUGACGGUGUCAGAAAGAACAUUUCUUUUGAACAAAACGGUAAGAAGUACGCAUUGAACACCGACCCAAAGAGGCACCUUCCAACCUUGAUUGUCAGACCAAGAGGAUGGCACUUGGAUGAAAAGCACGUUCGCGUUGAUGGUGAACCAGUUUCCGGUGGUAUUUUUGAUUUUGCCAUCUACUUCUACAACAACGCCAAGGAAUCUGUUGCUCAAGGAUUUGGUCCAUACUUUUACUUGCCAAAGAUGGAGCACCACUUGGAAGCCAAGUUAUGGAACGAUAUCUUCAACCACGCUCAAGACUAUAUUGGUAUGACCAGAGGUACUAUCAGAGGUUCCGUUUUGAUUGAAACAUUGCCAGCCGCUUUCCAAAUGGACGAAAUCAUUUACCAAUUGAGACAACACAUUGGUGGUUUGAACUGUGGUAGAUGGGAUUACAUUUUCUCAUACAUUAAGUCAUUGAGAAAUCACCCAGAAUUUAUCUUACCGGAAAGAUCACAGGUCACUAUGUCUGCUCCAUUCAUGUCUUCUUACGUCAAGUUAUUAGUUAACACUUGUCACAAGAGACAAGUCCAUGCUUUAGGUGGUAUGGCUGCUCAAAUUCCAAUCAAGGAAGAUAAGGCAAGAAACCAAGCUGCCUUAGAAAACGUUGCUAAGGAUAAGUUGAGAGAAGUUAAUGCCGGUUGUGACUCCUGUUGGGUUGCACAUCCAGCUUUGGUUCCUGUUGUUUUGAAGGUUUUCAACGAACACAUGAAGGGUCCUAACCAAAUCAAUGUACCACCAAAGGUCCCAUACACUCCUGUUACCGCCAGAGACUUAUUAAGUCCAUACGUUCCAGAUGCCAAGAUCACUGAACAAGGUAUCAGAACUAACAUUAUCAUUGGUUUAUCUUACAUCGAAGCUUGGUUAAGAAACAUCGGUUGUGUUCCAAUUAACUACUUGAUGGAAGAUGCUGCCACUGCUGAAGUCUCCAGAACUCAAAUCUGGCAAUGGGUUACUCACGGCUCUAAGACCGACGAAGGUAAGACCAUUACCAAGGAAUAUGUUGGUAAAUUAUUAAAAGAAGAAUCCGAUAAAUUAUCCAAGAACGCUAAAUCAGGUAACAAGUUCAGUCAAGCAUUGGUUUAUUUCAAGCCAGAAUGUCUUGCCGAAAAAUACUCUGAUUUCGUUACUACUUUGCUUUACGACGACGUUACUACUAUCGGCAGACCAACUGCCGCUGAAAAAUUAUAA